GUAUGGUUUAUCCCAAAAUUUUGGUUUGUGCAGGAUUAGGUCUGUUUACCGAAUUGUGCCCUAACGAGGGAGUACUAAUUUUCCAUCAAACCUGAACUGCCUUUUGUUUCGCAUAGAUGGGUCGCAGGGGCUUCUCCGGUGGCAGAGGAGGAGGAGGAGGAGGAUCCCGUCCUGCCUGCCGUUCAAAGGCAUCUCGUGAUGCAGAAGGUAAAAUUUUAAUGCAGCAAGCUGCUGCUAGCAAUGGAUUCAGGUCUACUUGGGAUCGUAUUUGGUAUGGGCCUGACAAUAGUCAUGAAGACUUAUGCAAAUCACUUGUGGAGAGCUUUGAACUGUGUGUAUCUUUUAGCAGAGGAGACAGAGAUCAUAGAUGGUGCCAGGACGAGAAGAGAGAGCUUGAAGAGCAUUGUGAUGAGUUUAGGUCUUCUUGGAAUGAUUGGUGGGCAGAAAAGAAGAAAGGGCAUUGUGGUUCAAUUUUACAAAAUUUUGAAAGGUGUUUGAAGAGGCAUGGCAAGGAGUCAAAGGAAUGCCAAUUUAAUGUUGAGACACUUAAAAACAUGUGCGAUAUAGAAGUUUAAUGACAAGCCGUUUUCAAGAGAUUCUAUUGAUGUUCAUCGUAAUUGUCCUAGUUACUUACUCAGUAAUGUAUAAGACCUUGGAAAGACAGUCACUUGUGGAUGUUUUUAAGGAGUACUUUUAAUAUUGAGUAAAUUCUGUAAUUGGUC